CCCAUUCCACAAAGGGACUGUCUCAACUCUCAACUGAUUUUCUUCUCUAUUUCAAUUCCCCCAUCAUGCAUCCAAUUCAGUUCCUUGGACUUCUGAUAGUAGCAUACUUUAGUGGUUCUCAAGCUGAAAAUGCCUUUUCACAGUACUGGGAAGAGCAUAUUGGUCUUCUACACCCUCCACAUUGGUUAACUGCAAAGGCUUCUCCAUUAAACCUCCAUCACGUGGCAGUAUUUACGAAACUUAUAGACGAAAAUAAAUUGUCUUCUCACUUGUUUUCAUUCUGUAAGCUAGCUAAUGUUGCUUGUUCUACAAAUGCAAUAGUGAAGAAGACAAUGGAUGAUAAAGCCUUUCCACCAAUAGCCCAAUGGAAUGGAAUUGAUAAAGUGAAAUAUGAACAUGUUCCAAAUGAAACAUCUCUAUCAGUUGUCAGCCAAGGGGGUUUGCCAUAUUUCCGGGAAUCAAUGGUGAAAGAAGGAGAUUUCAUGCCUAUCCCAGAUCUACGGGACCCAAUGUCAUAUAAGUCGUUCUUACCGCGAUCUUUGGCAACAAAAAUCCUAUUUUCCUUUACCCAGAUAGUGGAAUUGAAGAAGCUUUUUGGUGUGGUGGAUGAAUCAAUCAUUGAUGAGUAUAUUCAAAUCACCCUCAAGACAUGUGAAAAAAGCCCCAUUCCAGGGGAGCAGAGGAUCUGUGUGACUUCUGCUGAGGAUCUCAUUGAUUUUGUUGUCAAGAAAUUAGGACACCAUAUUAAUUUAUGGAGUUCUGAGAGCAUUGAAGGAUCUUAUGAGAAUGUUAGAAUUGGAGCGGUGGAACUUAUUCAUGGAAACCUCUCUAAACCACCUCUCAUAUGUCACAGUAUGCCAUUUCUAUUUCAAGUCUAUUAUUGCCAUGUUAUACCAAAAGUAAAAGUUUAUGCAGUUGAAAUACAUGCUCAGAAGAAACUGAAUCAUUUGAUCAUGGCAUGUCACUAUGACACAUCAAUUUGGAAUGCAAACCAUCUUGCUUUUAAGCUAUUAGGUUUUGGCCCAGGUCUAAUUGAAGUCUGUCAUUGGAUAAAUGAGAAUGGAUUGGUAUGGACAAAGACUCAAGGUUGAGCAUCUUUUGAAGAUUUAGAAGUCUUCCAAAUCUCUUGUUUGUGUUACAUGUUACUCUUUAUGAUAUUUGAAAGAUAAAUAAUGACCUCUUUUGGAUUGC